AUGGAACCCCUACACAGAAGAGAAUCGUCCUUAUCACGCCCAAAGACGCCAGUGCCAGACCGGCAGAACUAUGCCAAAGGAAUCGUCCUCCUCCUCGUGGUCGUCCUCCUCUGGACAUUGUCGAAUUAUGUCACGCAGGGCAUGUAUGAGGGGGGCUACAAUAAACCAUUUCUGGUUACAUACAUGAACACCGUUUCGUUCUCCUUCUACCUCUUACCAUUCCUCCUGCGACGUUGGUUGGGACGGACUGAAAUCCUGUCCACGAAGCCAUUUGGUCGAGGGACGCAAGCAGAAUACCAACCUCUCGCUCUGGAGGAUGAUAUUGAAGAGUCUUCGUCACCAAUCGCGAGGCUAGAUGCGUCACUCGAUCAUCCUUCCCGGAUCCACGCGCGAGAGAACUCGUUGCCUCUCACAGAUCGCGAGACUGCCGAUCUUGCUUUCACUUUCUGUAUGAUUUGGUUCAUUGCGAACUGGACUGUCAACGCGUCGCUCGGCUUCACAAGUGUAGCAAGUGCGACUGUUUUGUCUAGUACGAGUGGAUUUUUCACGCUCGGCAUUGGACACCUAUUUAGAAUUGAGAAAUUCACAAUGAUGAAAAUUGGAGCGGUUGUGACAAGCUUUAUCGGUGUCGCAUUUGUAUCUUUCUCAGAUUCUGAGGGAUCGAAACCAGCCAUCCAACCAGGCGAAACUUAUUUCGACUCGCGCGCAAUGAUUGGGGACUUCUUCGCUCUCAUAUCGGCCCUAUUCUAUGCCAUAUAUGUUACACUCUUAAAAGUUCGAAUCAAGUCAGAGUCAAGAAUCGACAUGCAACUCUUUUUCGGAUUUGUUGGACUGUUCAACCUUUUGACAUGCUGGUGGAUAGGAGUCUUACUACACCUGACAGGAGGAGAGGUCUUUGAGCUGCCCCCAACCAGGCACGCGCUCUAUGCGAUCCUGAUCAAUAUGGCAAUCACUCUUUCCAGUGAUUAUCUAUACGUCUUGGCCAUGCUAAAGACCACUCCCCUUGUUGUUACAAUUGGCCUCAGCCUUACUAUACCCUGUGCUGUAAUCGGCGACUUCUUGCUGAAACGUCCAGCAAAGGGCGCUGUCAUACUGGGAGCGUUACUGGUGUUGGGGAGCUUUGUGGCCAUCGGCUGGGAGGAUGCGCACGAGGAAGAGGCGGAGACCACAUCCACGGAAGUACAGGGAUUAUGA